CUUCGCGCUUCACUAUUAUGUUCAGUCGUGUGGAGUGAUCCGAUCGAAGCGGACGUGUUUCUAAUAUUCGGCAGUGUUAGCGUUAGGCGAAAAAAAAAAUCAAAACACAAAUUACAAGACUGAAGAGUGUAUAUAUCAUUAAAUUAUGAAUUUUAUUGUCAUGACGAAGAUAGUUUUAGUAUUCUUAGGAUUAAGCUGGACGCUUUUAUUGGGCGUAGCUGCGCAAAGUGCGCCCUGUACCACUCCAGUUCAGCAACCGGGUCUGUGCGUACCGCUGCAGCACUGUCGAAACAUUUACAGUAUUAUUAAGAACAAGCAGAGACCGUCACAGGGACUUUUGAACUACAUUCGUCGAGCGGUGUGUCAUUUGCCCGACAUAAGUAAGGCAGUGUGCUGCCAGUUGACCGAAAUUGAUGAAGCGGCACAUGAAAGCCCAGUCACCACUCCAACUGCGGUUUUACCCACAAAUUGUGGCACCACGACAGCGGACCGCGUAGCGUACGGUAAAGAAACCGGAGUCUUCGAGUGUCCCUGGAUGGCUCUGCUACGGUUUAAAGAUUUCAACCUGGAAAUCGUUGAUGGCUGCGGUGGUACACUGAUCCACGAGCGCAACGUUCUAACUGCGGCCCAUUGUCUGCAAGACAAAAAACUCAAGCUCGAUCAUGUUCGACUGGGAGAGCACAACAAAAUUACAGACAUCGAUUGUGAGGGAGAUGAUGGAGACUGCGCGGGACCAGUUCAAGAUGUCAUGGUAGAACAUGCAAUCCCGCAUCCGAACUACAAUCGGCCUAGAUACAGUAACGAUAUCGGGCUUAUCCGCUUAGCAACCAGUGUCACAUUUAAUGAUCAAAUUAAACCAAUCUGCUUGCCUACAAGCAGUGAGUUCCGAAACUUGUUGCAUAGCAAAUACGUGCUCACAGGCUGGGGAACGACGGAAGCAAACUCGGUCUCGAAUGUACUCUUGAAGGCAUAUCUUCCACGGGUGGAAAAUGCCGAAUGCGCACAAAUACUGAAAAGAAACAGUCUCUCAAUAACUCUCAGCGAGAGUCAGCUGUGUGCGGGAGGAACGGAACGGAAGGACAGCUGCAAGGGAGAUUCGGGGGGACCCCUUGGAACAGUUGGGCUGCUCUUCGAUGAACCCCGUUUCAUACAGUUCGGAAUAGUUUCGAUCGGCGUCAACAGUUGUGGCGUGAAAAAUAUUCCCAGCAUUUACACCAGGGUUGGACACUACAUGGACUGGAUAGUAGCAAAUAUAAAACCAUCAUGAUUACAA